AUGCUUAUCUUAGUAUGCAUGGUUCAAUCAGCUACAUACGGCUAUGAUUCGUCGAUGAUGAAUGGACUGAACAUCCUGCCUUCCUAUACCGAAUAUUUCAGCCUUACCACUGUCACCACAGCACUGAACACAUCGAUUGUCAGUGUUGGAAAUUGUGUAGCUGGCUUUUUCAAUGGAUGGAUGUGUGACUAUCUUGGUCGCCGACCCACUCUAUACAUCGCCUCGGUCAUUGCCUUGAUCGGUAUUAUCAUCCAAUCUGCAGCUCAGAACAUCGGCAUGUUCAUCGCAGGUCGUUUCAUCAUUGGUUUCGGUGUUGGAAUAUCUAUUACAGCAGCACCGACCUACUUGUCUGAGAUUGUUCCCGCGAAAUACCGUGCUUUUACCCUUGGUCUGUACUAUGACUUCUGGUAUGUCGGCGCUUUGAUCGCAGCUGGAAUUACCUACGGUACAGCCGAAUUACAGUCAACCUGGGCAUGGAGAAUCCCUUCCAUCCUGCAGGCCUUGUUCACUAUCAUCUGCAUUAUUCUUUUACCUUUCGUUCCCGAGUCUCCACGUUGGCUCAUCUUCAAUGGACGCGAGCAGGAGGCACAAGAAGCGCUUGCAGCCACUCACUCCGAUGGAAAUAUCUCCGACUCUGAGGUUUUGAUCCAGAUGGGUGAAAUUAAAGCAGCGAUCGAGUGGGAGAGAAACGCCGGAGAGAAAUUGACUAUGAUUGACACUGUAAAGACCCCCGCCAACCGCAAGCGUAUGAUGCUUGCUCUAUCCGUUGCAGUCUUCUCAAUGAUGUCCGGCAACAACGUUGUAUCCUACUACUUGGGUGAUAUGCUGGACAAUGCCGGUAUCACUGAUACUACCACCCAGCUUGAGAUCAACAUCAUUCUCAACUCCUUCUGCUUGGUGGUCAGCAUCAUCGGUUCAUUCUGCGCUGAGCGUAUGGGUCGUCGCAUGCUGGCGAUCAGCAGCACUGCUGCACUCACCAUUUUCAUUUUCAUCAUGGGCGCAUUGACAAAGGUUUACGGCAAUUCUACCAACACAUCCGGCAUUUAUGGUACAGUGGCUUCUAUCUUCCUCUUCCAGGGAAGUUAUAGCUUCGGCUGGACUCCUCUGUCUGUCAUGUAUCCUCCAGAAGUGCUUCACUAUUCCAUUCGUGCCAGCGGAAUGGGUAUCUACACCUUCAUGGCAUCUGGAUUCGGACUCUUGGCUACAUUUGCCUUCCCUAUCGGACUUGAGAAGAUCGGCUGGAAGAUUUACAUGAUCAACGGUGUUUGGGAUGUUAUCGAGCUGCUCUUUGUCGCUUUCUUCUGGAUUGAAACAAAGGGCAAGACUCUUGAGCAAAUCAACGAGCUUAUUGAUGGUGUGAGGCGCACUCCUGACUCUGCCUACCUUGAGAAGACCGCUGGUGCUUAUAUUGAAGGCCAGGAAGUAGUUGAGACUGAGACUGAAAAUGUUCUACCGAAGAAGGAGUGA